AUGCACCCGAAAGAUAUUAGCAAAAUGUCACCUGAAGAGUUUAAAAACUUUUUAGAUUCUUUUGACACUGUUUUCACUGACUGUGACGGUGUAUUAUGGCUCAAUGACACUCCUAUAAAUGGCGCGUUAGAAACAUUACAAAUGCUUGAAAGUUAUGGCAAAAAAGUUGUUUUUGUGUCAAAUCAUAGCGCUCGUUCAGUAGAGGAUUAUAUUGUCAAAUUUCGAACAAUGAAUUAUGAAGCAACUGCUGACCAAAUAAUUUUACCGUCACAAGCAGUCAUUUGGUAUUUAAAAAAAAUAGGAUUCCAAGGCAAAGCCUAUGUGAUUGCAACUCAAAGAUUUAGAGAAGUAUUAACAGACAAUGGUAUUGAAGUAGUCACUGGGCCAUUAGACAUAGAAGAAAACAUGACAGGAAUAUUGAGUGUUUUAAAGCCUGACCCUGAAAUAAAAGCUGUUAUUAUUGAUUUCGACAUUAAUAUGAACUGGGCUAGACUUUUACGAGCGGCUUCGAUACUUAGAAAUGAGAAUGUUAUAUUUCUAAUUGGUCCAAGAGAUAAAAAAUUACCGAUCUCUAAAACCCAGUCAUUAAUUGGUCCAGGAUGUUUUAUUGACAUAAUUAUAAAUCAUACAAAUAGAACACCGAUUGAGUAUGCGAAACCAUGUGAAAAUUUGAAAAAUUUCAUCUUCGAACAAUUUAAUAUCACUAAUCCACAAAGAUGUAUUUUCAUUGGCGAUUCAUUAUCAGCAGACAUUAAAUUUGCACACUUAUGUGGAUUUAUAAAACUAUGGGUGAGCUCAGGAGUGGACUCGGAAGAUGCUAUCAAAGAAAAUUGUGAAAUAAUGCCAGAUUAUUAUCUAAAAAACUUAGGAGUAAUGAAAACAUUGAAACAACAAUAA